AUGGCCAUCUCGGAAUCGACAUAUUGUAAAUGGGCUCCAAGUCUAUCACUUGUCAUAUGCCUCAUCUUUGUCUUGUUCAUCGCCGGCUUCAGCAUCUAUUACAUUGCUCAGCUCAGGACUGAGAACGGGAAACUGCGCAAAAGGCUGCACGCGGCCACCGGCUCAUCUACUGGCAAACGUCGUCGUCAUGGCAAGAAGCGCGGCAGCAAGAAGAGAAAGAGAACCACCCGUUCCGCGUCCAGCUCCUCGGCCUCGUCGAACUUCUCGCAGUCGAGCCGCCGCGGGCGCAACAACGACCGCAAGAUGCGCAACUACCGCGCCCCGGCCCCGCAGGCGCUCCCCGGCGUUCGCUUCGAAUCCAUCAACGAGAACAUGCGCAACCCGGCGAUGCCGGUGCAAGUCGUGCCGAUGACGCCGCGCCCCGUCCUCUUCACCGGAAACACGCCGUUGAACUCGACGAUCGAGACCCGGGGAAUUGCUGAGAAGAUUCGCCGCCCGUUCACCCCGCAAGAAUUCGGCGAUGCGAUGGGGCUGACCGUGAAGUUUAUCAACGAGUACACCGAACACCCGGAGACAAGAAACCGUGGUCCCUGGUGGCCACCCUGCCCAAGGCCGCCCCCCCAGCAGCCCGAGGAAUACGCCGACGUGAUCGCCGACCUGAAGAAGCACAUCAUGCCCAUGUUGACCCACUGGCAGCACCCCCGCUUCCUGGCCUACUUCCCCACCGGCCGCAACCACGCCGACAUCCUGUCGAACGCGAUCGAAGCCGCGCUGUCCAUCGUCGGCUUCUCCUAUGACUCGUGCCCGGCAAUCACCGAGUUGGAGGUGGUCGCCGUCAACUGGCUGGCCCAAUGCUUCGGUUUGCCCAAGGGAUUUCACUGGAAUCUCGAGGACAUCCCGAAUUCCCCCGGCGGCGGCUUCUACCUGCCGUCGGCUUCGGACGGCGUCUUCGACGCCGUGAUGGCCGCCCGUGACUGGAAAUUUGAAAGGUUCCUGAAAAAGUACCACGAGGGUCGCCUGUCGAAGACGCUGAAGAGCGAGUGCCAUCGCGACGAGUUCCACGACCUGCGCCACCAGAUCUGCCAGCGUCUCGUCGUCUACACCAGCAAGGAUGCCCAUUCCUGUCUGGAGAAGGCGUGCAAAAUGGCGAUGGUCCGCUGCCACCCGAUCCAGGCGACCGCCGAGAACGAGUGGGGCAUCACCGGCGCCCAGCUUGAGGAGGCCAUCAAAAAGGAUCGUGAAUACGGGCUGAUCCCCCUGCACGUGCACGUCACCCUCGGCACCACCUCGACCGCCGCCUGCGACCAUCUGAAGACGAUUUGGCCGGUGGCCAGGAAAUACAAAAUGUGGCUACACGUGGAUGCGGCGUACGCUGGCGGCGCCUGGGUCGAGCCGAAAUUCCGUGGAAUGACCGAGGGUCUGCAACACGCGACGUCGCUGAACAUCAACCUCAACAAGUUCUUCAUGCACGUCUCGCCGGGCAGCGUCUUCUGGACCCAGGAUAAGGACACGCUGAAGAAGGGCUUCUCCAUCACCCCCACCUACCUCAAGCCAAUGAAGUCCGAAACUAUGGACCUGCGCGACUACGGCAUCCAGCUGACGCGCACCUUCCGCGCCCUUCGCACCUGGAUUCUGAUGCGCACGACGGGAAUCGACGGCCUUCGCUUCUACAUCAAUACGAUGGUCGACUUUUGCGCCUACUUCGAAGAGCUCAUCAUCCGCCAUCCCAACGUCCGCCCGUUCUGCAAGCGCUCGCUCGGCCUGUUCUGCUUCUACUACAUGGAACCCGGCAUGACGGCCCAGGAAAUCAACUCGGCUACGCGCGCCCUCGCCGCCUACAUCAACGACAGCCGCGAGCUGUUCAUCACCCGCUCCUGUGUGGCCGGCCACGACAUCAUCCGCAUCUCGAUCAACUACAUCAACACGACCCGCGAGGUCAUCGAGCAGAACGUGGCCAUCCUCUCCGGCAUCAUCGACCGCUUCAGGCCCGAUUGGCAGAUCUUCAAGAAGAACAUCCCGGCCGGUCCGGCUCCUCUCGAGGGCCGCAACACGGUGCCCGGCGCCGAAGUGUUCGACAUUGAUCUCAAGGGUACCCCGCUGCCCGAUGUUGAUCCCAGCAAGAUUGCCCACUGGUCGAAUUCGCCGAACCCCGAGUCGAUCACCCGUCAAGAUUCUCUGACCGAGACGUAUCGUCUGCCGAACACGCCGCACAAGUCGGCCGCCUCGCCCAUGACGCCCAUGACGCCGAAUGCGGCUGAAGAUGUGGAGGAAGUGACCAAUCCCGAGACACCCGGCAAGAAGAAAGACAAGGUGAAGCGCGCCAAGUCCGAGUCCUCAGUGGUGACUGCCGUUGCCGCUUCCGCCACCACCGUCACCCCGACCACCGCCAAGUCGCCCUCAACGUCUGCUGAUGCCGGCUCCAAGUCGAAGACCGAG